ACAGAUUUGCGAAUAAAUUGACUUUACUCUCCUCAAAUGCGACACUAAUAGUCUUUUCUGGCAGGCUAUUUCCUACUCUUUUCCAUAAUUGUCUUCGCUCAAUCAGUUUUUGUAAUCCAAAAAACGGCUUCAAAAUGUCACCCCUUACUUUAAGUGUAUUAAUCGAAACGUUCACAAUCUGCAAAUUCUUGUCAAUUGAAAACUCAAGUGGCAUUUUUGAUGAUAUUAUUGGUUCACCUGAACUAGAGCUGAGGGUCAAAUUGGGUUUGAACUAUGACCCAUCGGCGCGACCUGUGAAAUCACCCAAAACCACAGUCAACAUCACAUACAAGACUAAGAUCUACCAACUGGUUGGUUUGAAGACAAAAGACCAGACGAUUGAGAUGUUGAUGUUCCAGCGUCUGGUAUGGAUUGACGAGUUCCUCCAGUGGGAUCCGCGCGACUAUCAAGGACUGGAGAUACUGAGGUAUUACAGGAACCGUAUCUGGACUCCGGACAUUUUGCCUUACAAUGACGUGGGGAGCUUCGAUCUCGAGAAAUACGACUAUUCUAUUCCAAUAAUGGUCUAUUAUACUGGUGAAGUUGUCUGGGCUAGACCAGUGGACUACGAGAGCACCUGUUCUCUGGACGUUGAGCGAUUCCCUUUUGAUACCCAGGAGUGUGAGGUUGUCAUUGGUUCCUGGCAGUACCUCAAGAGUGAAGUUAACUUCUCAUGUGAGCCAGUAGACUUGUCUCUGUACAUGAAAGACAGUCUGUGGACAUUAGAAAGUGCGGUAUGUCGGGAUGAGCCUCAUGACAACAUGCGACAAACCAGCGGUAGAAUUUCAAUUUCAGUAGUCUACAAACGACAGUCUGCAUUCUAUGUUCAGAAUCUCAUUCUUCCCAACGCCAUGUUGUUAGCUCUCAGUUCUCUCAUCUUCUUCAUUCCUGGCGAAGCUGGCGAAAAGUUGACAUUUGGGGUCACGGUAACCUUGGCUCUAUGUGUUAACUUGACCUUGGUUACGGAAUUCGUCCCUCAGACCUCAAAAACUUUCCCGCGAAUCUGUACUUACUUCUUCUCCAGCAUCGUAAUAUCAACCAUUUCCAUUUUUCUCGCUACUGUGUCCAUAAAUCAAGUUGGAAACUGUGAUCAGAGUGCGGAUGAAGUCUAUGAGAUGACAACACCUGUGAAAAAGUCCAAGGAAAGGAGUGAGAGCAGAACACCAACUAUACCCGCAGAUUACACGAUGUCGCCAAAGAGAAGAAUGAGCGUGAUGGUGAGACGCAAGUUGUGCAAUCGCAGAUUUGAGGCUUUCAUGGGAGUCCUGUACUUCAUCGGAACCAUAAUGUACACCGUCUUGUUUAUUUUCUGCAUGUUAUAA